AUGGCCCGCCGAGGUGUCUUGGCGCUUACGACGCUGUUUCGCCUUCCUCAUGAGGGCAUGGAAGCGUUUGAGGUGCUCAGUCGGGGAUCUGCUAUGCUGGUCCAUCGCACCCGAGCCAAGCGGAACCCCUCACUCUUGCACGUGCUCACAUGCGCGCAUGUCGCGUGUCCGUGGCGAUAUCCUGCUUAUUACCCACACGAGUGGCUUCAGCAUGUUGACGAAGGCUUUGUUAAGCACACGCUGGCGUUACGAGAGAUCGGAUCAGGGGCGACCAUGUGGGAAGUUGAUCUCGAGCCACAUACUGCCGUGCAUCCUUCCCGAGACCUAGCCCUCCUCGAACUGAAGUCGUCCGUCGUCCGCGACGAUAAGUCAGUCGACCCGUUCGACCUGGACACUGCCUUUUCCGUCGCAGAGAGCGAACCCCUCGUGUUCGACGGCCACGUUCAGCCUGACGAGACGACGACAUGCGUCCAGCCGGAAUCGGUUGCGGGUGCCUACUUCUGGCUCAACCCGACCACGAAGCAAGCAUUUGCGUCCAGCGCCACGGUACUCACCCAAGGCAUGUGCGGCGGCGCCGCCUUCACGACGCACGGGCGCAAGGUGGUGGGACUCGUGGAAGGCAUCGUGCCCGUGGUGGAGAACGCCUCGCCCGCGUACAAAACGCUCGAAAACCACGUCGCGAUCAUUCCGCGGGACGACCUGACCGAGUUUGUCUUGGACUUUGAGGCUGGCGGCACGAAUGCAGAGUUGCUCUUCACGGGCACCGGGCUGCAGGGUUAG